CCGUUUUCAGAUAACAUAUACGAGAUCCAGGAAAGUGUGUACGUGCGUUGGGGUAAUUCAUUACUGGCAAACGAACCAUUACGAGAUUUCAAAGAUCUAUGCGAAUUGAAAUAUUUGAGCUCUGUUGCACAAAUCGUGACCUCCACUACACCGGCGGCAACUGGGAAUCGCCUCGACGACUGUGCUGCGAUUCUGGCAUGCAUUGGCGACACAAAGACGUCCGCAUCCGAAUUGUGCGACAGUCAACAAAAAGCUGUACUGCAAACAUGGUGGAAUCUGGUACAAAGCAUUUUUGGAAAAAUUCCGCUGACCGAGGCAAUGAAGCAAUGGUGCACAGAAGUGACGAAGGAUUACGAUGCAGUAUCUGUAUGUGAUUUCACGUCAUCGUGGCGCGACGGCUACGCCUUCAAUAUCCUUCUGCACAAUUUCGAUGAUAGAUUGGUGGAUUUGGAGAAAAUCGCUGAAAGUACAUCGGUGGAACGUUUGGAGAACGCGUUUUCCACGGCUGAACAGAAAUUUCACGUCGCUCGACUGUUGCAAGUAAAA